GUUGCACAGCCACACACACACUUCUUUAUUUCACUCCCGGCUGCCAUGCCCCAAGAAAACAGAAAAAGAGGCAAGAAACACAAAAAGCCUGCCCCAGAUGCAGACACAGAGCAACAACAACAUAGCGCAGAAAUAGAACCAGAGCCUGAAGUCGAAGCUGGACCAUCAUGGAUCAUCAGGACCCAUGAUUAUUCCCCAAGAGAGCAGGAGCAAGACUCGGAAGCACCUUUUGGGUACCUCGACGUGGACGUCAAGGCGUAUUUCCGGACUGUGGACGUGCAGAUGCGGCAGUGGCAGGAUAAGGAGGUGGAGGUGGAUGAUGAGGAAAAACACACAUUCUUCCUUGCUGCCCUCACCGAGAUGACGGGCAAGGAAAAACAACUCGCGACUGACCCAGAGUGUUUGGUGGUUUUGGAGAGGAUGGUGCAUUCAAUGGAUGAUUUUGCGAGGAGGGUGUUUAUGGAUAGUUUGACAGGGUAUGAAGCACUAGCUCAACAUCGGUUCGCAUCGCAUACCCUUCUCAAGGUUUCUGGGGAGACUGUUUCGAGAGAGAUGAAAGGUAUACUACCUGAGAUACCACAAAGUGACGCAAAAAAGGGACAUCUUCCAAUGAUGACCGAACUCAUACUGGAUUUAUGUGAUGAACUCUUCCCCAUCCUGCCUCCACUUCUCCAUGAUCCUUUUGGCUCACACAUCAUCUGCACGCUCGCUCUCCUGCUCUCUCCCACAUCAAAUACACAUAUGCAGUCCCAAACAUCAAAACACAGUAAAAGCUGGAAAGGCAAGCAAGGCGAGAUGCAGAGUCUCUUUGCAUCAGAAAAAGGGGAGGAGGGGAAGGGGGAGAGGCCAAGGAGCUUUGACAAGGCAGCAAGGAAGAUCGUAGGGGUGUUCAGGGAGGGGAUGAGUGAUAAUGAGGUAAGAGCAUGUGCAGGGAGUAAGGUCGCAUGUCCUGGUCUUGAUGUUCUCAUCGAAGUCGAAGCCAAGCAUGGUAUGUCAAACAAAAGCAGCAGUUUGAUGGACCGUGUAUUGGUUGGGAUGGUCAGUCAAACGUUGAACUCUUUGAUGCCCACCACUGAGUCAGAUUACAUCCACACCCUCCUCCAAGAUGCAACCUUGUCCCACCUACUCGAAACCAUCGUCACCCAAGCUCCUCAACCAGUAUUUGACGUUCUCUGGGGUACGUACCUCUGCCCAGAGAAUGGCAGCAUCGAACGGCUCGCCACACAUGUGGUCUCCAAUUACGUGCUGGCUCGAGCUGUGAGUAGGGCAAAUCCCACGCAGCUUGGUGGUUUGGGGACAGGGUGGUGGGGGAGGGCCAUAAAGAUGGGCAGGAUGGGUGUGGUGAAGGCUAUGGUGGAGGUUGGGGGAGGUGGGGAGGAUGUUUGGAGUGCGUUGAAGGGUGCGUUUGGGUGUGGGGAGCAGGAUGAGACAGAGGUGUUGGUUAGGGCUGUGAUGAAUCUGAAGACAGUUGAGGAUUACAAGUCUGCAAGUACACCUCCAGAGCCGAAUGUCCAAGGAGCAUUGUUAUUGCAGUCAAUGCUUCCUCUCAAGGACCCAUACAAUGCUGGGAUCAUCGAGAGUAUCCUAUCUCUCCCCAUAACAUCACUCAUCCCCCUCACCCAGCACCCCAUCUCAUCCCGCGUCCUCGACAUAUUCCUCGACUCUCUCACAGUCCCACACAAAGCCAAGCAUCGGCUCAUCUUAGCAUUCCUAGGGCAUUUUCAUGAAUUGGUAGAUGACAGGAUUGGGAGUCAGGUUGGGGAGAGAUGUUGGGGGUGGAGUGAUACGUAUAUGAAGGAAGAAAUCACGUGCAGUGUGAUGGAUUACAAGCAGGGUUUGGCUGCAUUGUUUUAUGGAAAGUUUUUUGUUAGGGCAUUGAAUUUGUAUGUGUGGAAGAAGAGGCCAGGGGAGUGGAGGGAUUUGGUUGGGAAGGCCAAGGCAAGGGAGGAGAAGGAAAAGAAGGCUGAACCUCCUGUGGAAGAGGGCAAGGUAGAGGAGGAGAAAGAGGCAGAGAAACCUAAGCAGAAAUGAAAAUGGGAGAAGGAGAAGGAGAUAGAUGAGAUUGAGAUGAUGUUCAAAAAGGUGAGGAAGAAGGGUGCUUUGGAGGGAGACUUGAAGGAGAAGCGAGAAAAGCAUGUGGGUGUGUUGGAUGAUCAAAUUAUGGAGGCUAUUAGGUCUGCUCCUGGGGAGGGUAAGAAGAAGAAGA